CUGGAUCGGCUCAGCCCGGCGGUGAGCAGCAGCUGGCAGAGCCGGGGCUGCGCUCCCCCUGCGCUGCAGGCAGGAAUCUCCCACCUCCACGGCCUGAGUUUUCAUGAAUGCCUCAAACCAGCUGUGAGAAAGCAGCCUUUUAGCCCGUGCAAGUGAGCUGGGGCCGUAGAGGGAUUGACCCAUCUCAUAGCUGACUUUAUAAAGACUGAAAGUCCAGGUGCUUUAGGGGGAGUGAAGGACGGUACAGGAAUGGGACUGUGACUACAUGGAGAACGUGUUCUGGGGCUGCAGCUCACCCAUGCUCUGCUCCAGCCACCCUUUUGCAGGGGACCAUGGAGGGCAGGUGCUGAGACCGAGGGCUUGGCAGGAGCAGCAGUGGGCUGGUGAAGAUGGAGAAUGGCACGGGAGACGAGCAGAACCAGACGGGGCUGCCACUAUCAAGUGAGGAGAUCAUUACAGCUGAAUACCAAGUGGUUACCAUCCUCUUGGUCCUCCUCAUCUGCGGGCUGGGCAUCGUGGGCAACGUCAUGGUGGUUUUGGUGGUCCUCAGAACCAAGCACAUGAGAACUCCCACUAACUGCUAUCUGGUGAGUCUGGCCGUGGCAGAUCUCAUGGUGCUUGUGGCUGCAGGACUACCCAAUAUCACAGAGAGCCUGUACAGAUCCUGGGUGUAUGGCUUCGUCGGGUGUCUCUGCAUCACUUAUCUCCAGUACCUGGGAAUCAACGCUUCUUCUUUUUCCAUCGCUGCCUUCACCAUUGAGAGGUACAUAGCCAUCUGCCACCCAAUCAAAGCUCAAUUCCUAUGCACUUUUUCAAGAGCCAAAAAGAUCAUUAUUUUUGUUUGGGCUUUCACCUCCGUAUACUGUAUGCUCUGGUUUUUCUUGCUAGACCUGAAUACAGUAGCCUACAAAGAGACUACUGUUGUGUCCUGUGGCUACAAGGUCUCCAGGAGCUAUUACUCUCCUAUCUACAUGAUGGACUUUGGUAUAUUUUAUGUUGUGCCAAUGGUAUUGGCAACUGUCCUCUAUGGCCUGAUUGCUAGAAUACUGUUCCUGAACCCCAUCCCUUCAGACCCAAAGGAAAACUCUAAGACCUGGAGGAAUGAUGUGGCUCACCAAAGCAAGCCUGUGAAUUCCAAGAUGUCUAACAGGAGUUUCAAUAGCACUAUUGCUUCUCGAAGGCAGGUUACCAAGAUGCUGGCCGUGGUUGUGAUCCUAUUUGCAUUCCUAUGGAUGCCCUACCGCACUCUGGUUGUUGUCAAUUCCUUUCUUUCCAGACCCUUCCAAGAAAACUGGUUCCUGCUAUUUUGCAGAAUCUGUAUUUAUUUAAAUAGUGCCAUCAAUCCUGUAAUUUACAAUCUCAUGUCCCAGAAAUUCAGAGCAGCCUUCAGGAAACUGUGCAACUACCAGCAGAAACAGGAGAAGAAACCUGCCAAUUACAGCAUGGCCCUAAAUUAUAAUGUCAUCAAGGAUUCUGAUCAUUUCAGCACUGAGCUAGAAGAUAUUAGCAAUACCUACCUGUCCUCUGCAAAAUUGUCCAUUGGUGAUACGUGUUUGUCAUCCAAGGCCUGAGGCCCACCUUGUUCUGAGUGUGCAGCCAUGUAAGACGUUUGGAUGCUCUGUUCCCACCCACUCUAUGAACUGUAAGGACAUUUCUGCUCACAGAAUUGCAGAAGCUACCAUAAAUCUUUUCAUACUUGCCUGUGCCCUACAGGCAAAUGCAGUGUCUUGGGGAGUGAAAAGAGUAUAUUAUUGAGGCUAACAGAAUGAAGUACUUAAUACAACCUAACUUUAGGCAGGAGAGUUGGCUUCAGUAGAAUACCAAAAUAAUUCUUCUCAUUACCUGGCUGAAGAGUGAUCUGUGAUCUCAGAAUGAGCAAGGCUUGCCAGGACACGUCCAUGGACACAGAGCAGGACAAGGGAUGAUACUCCCUGUGAAGAUGAGAGGUGAGGAGAGGAUCUGCUCUAAUGUGUACCUGCACUGGGCAGUACCUGGGGGACCUUCCAACAGCAGCCAAAAUUGCUGCUAAUAGCAGUAAUUACCUUCCAGUGACUCCCUCAUCCCACAUCAGUGCAAAUCUCAUUGCAGCCAUCACAGCACGCUUCAGUAAACAGGUAUCUGAUGGCAAAAAGCACAAAAUCUUUCUUUUCUUUGGUUUAUUUUUACCUUGAGCAGCAUGAAAUAGGAAGACUAUUCAAUGGUUUUGCAGCAGGGAAACAAACAAAUUAAAAAGUCAGUAAGAAGCAUUUAAAAUAUCUUAUUUUUUCCAGCAGUCAGGCUUAUACAUGUACCACUUUAAAUGUAAGUCUCACCUGUUACUGAAUCCUGUUGGAAAUUAACAGAUAUUGAAGAGUAUGUAGCAGACUUUCAACAGCUCCUUUUAUCUUGGUUCAAUACCAAUUGUAUCUAAGAGUGCUAGGAGGGUUUUAGAGCUUUAAUAUUGAUACUAUCUAGGGAAAAGAUGAAAAUUCAGAAUAAAAUUACACUUUUAAAAUGUUUAAAUGCUUAAUGUUUUUAAAGUUUAUCUGUUAGGAUACUUUAGGACAUACAGUGUUGUUAGAGGAAAAGUCAUCAUGGCUUUUUACUUGCCAGCAUAGCCCCUUUCCUGCUCCUCCCACACAGGCCCAUGAUAAGCAGGCUGGGGCCACAGUCUCCCUAAUGUAGCUGCAGACAAAAUAUCAUGUAUUGCUUUGGCGUUGCUCUAGACCAGCUCUUGUUCUUGCUAGAAGUUCAUUUUCUCACUUCUGAGCUGCAGAAGCCCAGGAAAGUGCCUGUGUAUUCCUGAGUAUCACAAACAUUUUGCACAGCUUUUGUACAUGACAAAAACCUGUAAAAAACCUGAUUCACGGAAUCACAGAAUAGGCUGAUUUGGAAGGGACCCCAAAGGUUCAUCGAGUCCAGCUCCCAGCCCUGCACAGCCCCAUCCCCAAGAGUCACAAACCUGCCCAGAGUGGGUAAAAGAGGCAGCCUCUACAGCAUUGUAAGGCUUUCCUACCCAGUAUUCUUUUGCCUACAUAGCCACGUCCCUAAUUCAAGCCACUUUCACUAAUAUUCAACUAUAUUUGCUAACUUAAAGAGAACUAAAAAAACCGUGAUAGGCUCAGAUUAAAGUGUUAAAACUGUGAACCUAUGUCAGCUGCAUCCAAAGGACUCUAUUGGGCAUUCUCUAAAUGGCAAGGAGGAAGCAAAUAGAUUUCCCAGGGAGGUUGUGGAGUCUCCCUCACUGGACAUAUUCAAGAACCAUCUGGACUCAGUCCUGUGCCAUGUGCCCUGGGAUGACCCUGCUUGAGCAGGGAGGUUGGACCAGAUGACCAACUGUGGUCCCUUCCAACCUUACUCACUCUGUGAUUCUGUGAUUUUGCAAACAGUCUGUAUCCUGCUCUGUCUGCAUCCUUGCUUUAACUCCUGUUUCACCUUUGCAGAGCUCCACAGGCACUUUCCAGCUUGACAGAGUGAUGGCAGGGCAUGGAAGGGACCAACAGCAAGGAGCAGAGUAGGUGUGACAAAAUUCCAGAAGCUGUCAGAGUUUUGUCUGGAGCAGAGCCAGAAGCAGGACAUGCAGGCCAUGUUGCAGUCUUUCCCAGAUCCUCUGCAUUUCCCAGCUCUCCAGGUUGUCUAUCUGAGCAGCACAGGCCACCAGGCAGGCACAUGCAGUGGAGUCUAUUUCUGUGCAGAUGUCUGAACCCCCACAGGACUGGAAGGGCAAUGUCCAGACUGCUUUUGAAAUAAUAAGGAAGAACUAAAAUGACAGAGUAAGUCACGUGUCAGCCAAGUAAGCAAAGCUGGCUAAGGCUCAAGAGUCAGAGAGAAGGAUACCAGAGUAUUCUCAAAUCACUACCUAGCAAUUAAUCUCCUAAAUACAAUUCUGAAGCUUUGACACACACUUUGGGCAAACCUUUCCUUUGUAGAGCCUGAUCUGAAAAUACAGAGUUCUAUAGCAUUUUACUGCUUAGACUUGCUUAAAGCUACAGGUUGCCAUAAGGGAAAGCCAAGGAGAGACACCACAACCUGUUUAACAUUUCCUCUAAAGAACCUGUCACAGAGAAAUUAGAUUAUCUGUGAGCCUUACACAGUAAUUUAUGGUUGCUUAGCCAGGAGACAUUCAAAGUGAAGGCAAGCUCCUGUGUCUGACUUUGCAAACUCUUGUGAUGAAGCCAGGACUGCUCACAGCUGCUGGGAGCUGAUUCCCAGUCUGAACUGGAGGCAGCCACUGGUGGAGCUGGUGCCUGGAAAUCCUUUUGCCCUUCACAUGCUGUUUUCAGCCAGGCAUCCAUUCAGUGCUUUCAGAGGAGGCCCUACUCUCCAGAAUUUCUCAAGGGGCACUAGAACUAAUUGCUUUUCUUACUUAAAAAGCAAGAUGUGCAGGACUAGCAGCAGGCAAAGAGGGUACUCCAUGGAAACCUGGCUGUCUGGUGAGGAGCACACCUGGCUGGGUAAAAACUGAGCUCAGUAUUUGUGUAAUAACAGUAAAAUUUAUGCUUUUAUCUCAGUGCUUUCAGAGCACAGACUGAAUGACAGCUUUUAUAGACCAACAGAACCAGCAGUGAAUUCUCUCCUUUGUUUGCCUUUUUGCUCAAACAGUAACUGUCUGCUUUCUCAGCCUCUGCUCCACCAGAUGCUCAAGUGAGGUAUUUAAGCCCAUAUUGUUUGUGAUGCUUCAUGAAGGGCUAAAAUCAAUGUAGGUGACGUUGUAUCCAUCAUCACUGGGAAUAACAAAAAUGAAAUUAUUUCUUUCUGAUAUUUAUUUGUGCUAACAGUAAUUAUUAUUAUUGCAAAAUUGUGUGCAAAACCACUGUAUUUAUAAUUGCAUAUUUAAGCUAAGGUGUGAUUUUAACUGAUAAUGUGAUGUGACUGUAUCUUUAUAAAUGUUAGUUGUGAAAUCCAUUUUAAUUUUAUACUGAUAUACAGCUAACACUACAAAACUUUGUCAGAUAUUAUCCUGAUGUGACUGUUUCUGUGUUUUUGUCCUUCUGUUUAGAACAGCAAUCAACCUUUUUUCUUGUUGUAAAUUAUAUGUGUGAGAAUGUAUUUUUUUAAUUAUGUGGUUUUAAAUUUAUUUAUAAUUAUAUAAUUUUUUUGCUAGAAGUGAAAGUGGCUGGUUGUCAACUACUGACUUCAGUAAUAUAACUAUCUUUGUAUAUUUAUUUUGUGGAUAGCAAAGUCCUUUGCAACAUUUAGUCAGAAAGAACUGUCUGAUUGGUAGCGAUAUUGAAAUCUAUGCCUAUGUCCUUAUUUAACAUCUUUCGUGUAAGGGAUUGCAUUUUUAUUGAGAUUGGACUUUCAUUGAGAAGUUUAUUCAGAAUGUAGCAGAAGAGGUGCUGUUUUCCCGUCUGGCUAGGGGAGUUAUGCUGCUUCCUUUCUGAAAUGCUGAGAUUUCAGAACCUUCAGUGAAAGUAAAUUCUGCAGCUGAGAAAGGUCAGGUGUAUUUGUAACACACUUUAGUUCAAAUUAUCGCCUGACCUCCCUGAGUUCAGAGUAAAGGAUAUAUCAAAGAAGCUCCAAUGUGCUGUAAAAGGGUUUAUGAUGCUUCUGUGGAAACGGAUGGCACAACUCAAAUGAUGAAGAUCUUACUUGCAUCACUUCAGAAAAGUUACCAAAAAGUGGACUGAAGGACUGAUUCUACUUCAGGAGCUGCUGCAGUACCUCCCCAGCUACACAGUGAAGGUUUGGAUCAGUCACUUUGGAAGUUGACAAUUUUGUUUGUUUUUAAAGAGUUAUUCUAUAAAUUAAUUAAUUAAUCACACAGACACACCCCCAGUUCUGUGCACUGUCACCAUGUCAGACAGAAUUGUUUCUUUGCUCUUUUGUUAUUUUCAGAAAGAGUUUAUUUUCUCAUGAUUCUUUCAUUACUACUGGGAUACAGUGAUACAGCUAAUGCCAGUGAAUUGGCUCAGUCAAAGUGAUUUGGACUCCUGAAUUAAUUAAUUUGGGAACUGAAUCUUGGAAAUUUGAAUUCUAACAAACUAUGUAAGAAAACUGGUUUGGAGGGAAUUUUUUCUUCACCUACCCAGAGUAAUUCUGGUUUCAUUCUGUCACUUCACGUGGUUUAUUUAUUUGUUUAUUAUAAAUAGUGUGAAAUUGUUCAGAGAAAUGUACUACUGAUAAAUGUAGAACAAUUUUUGUUAAAAAGAAGCAUUUUGUAAUUCUUGGAUGCAUGCUACUCUGGGGAUUAAUUUGUAAUGGAUUUUGGUUGCUACUCUAAUAAAAUGUUGAGCAAGAUAA